AUGUCUAAAAAAUUAAGAUCAGGUGCUACACGCUUAUCACCCGAAGCGAUUAGUGAUAUAAUUACUGCUAAGGGUACAGCAAAUGCAUUACCGAUUCUACCUAAGAAAUAUAAUGUAUCAUGUGCACGAAUUCGUGAAAUAUGGGAAUUCACUAUUUUUGCAGUCACGCGUAUCCCUACUGUCGUUAGGCCAUCCCGUCCUGCGUUCAGAUGUUUGGAGGCAGUCUAUUGGGCUGUCCUUAAGCAUACGUGUUUAAGGCCCGAGUCCCAGUAUGCUGUUUUCCAGGAUGCGUUCACUAUACCUACUGUCGUUAGGCCAUCCCGUCCUGCGUUCAGAUGUUUGGAGGCAGUCUAUUGGGUUGUCCUUAAGCAUACGUGUUUAAGGCCCGAAUCCCAGUAUGCUGUUUUCCAGUGUACAAUGUUCGAAUCUGUAGUGACGGAAUAUCUUGAAAAAACCGAAAAAUAA